AUGAAUAAGGAUGGUGCCAUUGCGGGCGGGAGCGCGGGCGCUAGCGGCGGCGACGGGGCGAGAGAGGGGCGGGAGGCGGGCAGGACGAGAGUGGCGGGCGACGGCGGGGGCGCCCGGCGAUAUCGCCCGCUCCCGCCCGGCUGCCGCCUGCCUCCAAGCUCCGAGUCCAAUGCCGCGGAAACAAUCGUACCACCGCGUCCAAAGAGGCUUGACUGGACUGUUGAGGAAGAGGAAAAACUGGUUAAUGCUUGGCUUUUUAACUCCAAGGACUCUGUUGCCGGUAAUUGCAAGACCGGCACAAGUUUUUGGGGUCAGAUAGCUGCAACCUUCAACUCUACCUCGGAUCCUGCCCGUCAUCGGACCUCGAAGCAGCUGAAGGAUCAUUGGAACGCCUACAACAAGGAGGUGUCCCUGUUCAAUGGAUACUACAUCCAAGAAGAGCGGUUACGUCAGAGUGGAGCAGACGAUGAUAUGGUCAUGAAGUCGGCAAUGGAGAGGUACGCGAAUGACAAAAGAGUGACUCACCCAUUCAGAAAGCACCACUGGUGGCAAGCUGUUCGCAAUGAAGCGAAGUGGAAAGGACAACAUGGUCCUGGUAGUGGAACCGAGUCCAGUUCCAAGAGAAGCCGUCUAGGACUUUCUGGUGAGUACAACUCUAGCGAGGCGAUGACGGAGGAGGAGCAUCCAACGGGCCGCGAUAGGGCCAAGGCCGCGGUACGUAAGGGUAGGAGGAAGGGGAAGGACUCCUCAUCAAGCAGUGAGGUAGGAAGUAAAUCCUUCGCGAUGAGGAACAUGAUGAAUGAUUUAGUGAAUGCUAAACUAUUCAAACAAUGGAACAAAAUGAAAGAUCGAUCAACCGACGACAUGAACGAAGCAGAAAAGCGCUUACAUGCGAAGGCCAUCAAGAUGUGCGAAAAAGAGCUUGGUCUGGCAGAUGAUGAGGACGAGGAGCAGCGGAAAGAAGAGGAAGGGGAAGAGGAGUAG